AGUUCAUCACAGUAAAUCUCACUAUUGGCUCUUUCUGACAAUAACAUGGUUUAUUGGGCUGAAGCGAAGACUCUUAAGAACUUCACACUCUUCCUGUUGUGAUAGUCUUCAGGAGCGAAAGCACACUUCCUCUGGGUCGGCUUGUGUUUCAUCUGAAGUCAUGACGGUUACACCAGUUCGUGAUCUGAAGAGGGUCUUACCUAGGACGUAUUGUCACAGGAGAGAGGUUCUGUCAGAGAUCUCUACAGUUUUGUCUCAGCAUCAGUCCCUUCAGCCAGUGCUGGAUAGAUUUGUCUUCAAUGAUGGCACAGCGAGGACCUUGGUCGGUUUGACUGGAACAAUUGAGGUGUUUUAUGAAGGGAAACGCUACAAUAUUUCAGUGAGUCUGUGGCUAAAGGAAAGUUAUCCACGCACUGCGCCCAUCUGCUAUGUGAAGCCCACGCCGGAGAUGGUGAUCGUAGCCAGCAGACACGUCAACGGCAGUGGAGAGAUCCUGAUGCCUUACCUGGAUGAGUGGACACAUAUGCAGUGUGAUCUGCACAGCUUGAUUCAGGUUAUGAAGGUCGUGUUUAGUGAAGUUCCUCCUCUACGUAUGUGUCUUUACCCAAAAGACUCAGGUUCUGCUUAUCACAAACCCUCAGUUGAGGAAAUCUCACAUGUGAUGCUGGACAGAGAGGACGAUCUUCCUUUCUCCGAACAUAAUGAAACCGUCUGUUAGCUUGCUAGAUAUAUCUGCAGUGUGAUUUUGUACACAUGUAGAAGUACAAGUAGACAUUUGCAUGAAACUGUAAAUAUUUGUUUAAUAAUAAUAAUAAUAAUAAUAAUAAUGAAUGUUAAAUUUGAGCAGCAUGAAUGUUAAUACUCAAAUAAAUUUAAUGUACAUUUAAUGUAAGUAUACACGUUUGUAAAGCAAGGUUUUCCUAAUGAUUCAUGCUCAGUUAAAUGUUUUUUUUUAUUCUUCAUGUAUUCAUAUUGACCUCUAUAAAAACACCUACCUAGAUAUGUAAAUAUGCAGAUAUUUACAGUGGGAUAUCACAACAAAUUCACUCAAAUUCUAUGAACAUGAAGUUUUAUUAAAAAAAAACUCUUUUAAAAUAUACAUAUGUAUUUUAUUAUAAUAAAUUAUGAAUUAUGAUGACGUGAAUUAAAUAUGUUCA